CCUCCUUCAAUGAUCCAUGAGCUACCAAGUCUUUUGAUGUUGUUUCUGAUUGUCAUCGGAUCUCAUUCUGGUUCAAAAUACUCUCAAUAUGAUGUUGAAGAGACUUGGCUUUCAACGAGUAGAAAAUGGAUGGCCGUUGUAUUCGAGAGUACCACGUUAUCUUUUUCUAAAAAGUAACAAGUUUCGUUGCAGUUUGAGGAAUUUGCACUGUUGUGGUACAAGUCAGGGAUCCCUUUCUUCGGAGGUGACCAACAAAACCACUGAUUUAUGCUACUUUCUUCGAAACUUGGCCUCUAUUGAACCUCCCAAGGAAACUAAUUGUCUUCUUUGGACUUUAUUGGAACAAAAGAAGAAACUAGUGGAUCCUUUGGAUAGAUCCCGUUUGCAUCCGUUUGUGGUUCCUUUGGCGGUAGAUGAACAUUCAGAUAAGAUUGUUGGUUUUCUUCGUUGGCCGACGCCUCCCAGUGAUAUGCCUCUUCCAGUUGUUGAAGCGCAGUUAUCAACCAAAACUCUUGUAUUGUUAUCGAAUAGUGCAAAGGCAUAUGUACAGCGAUAUUUGGUUACUUUAGAAGCGGAAGAGGGUCUCUCCAGAAACCAUAUGAUUCAUGAAAUGCAAGAAUUAUAUAAGCCUGGUAGCUUUUCCAAUAGUGGUUUAACUUUAGAACAGUUUCUUAUUAGAGAUAUCGGACCCUUUCCAGAUAUGUAUGAAAAAUUGACCUACAAACAUUUGCAAAGGGAAAAAACACAAUCAGCACUGAUCACUUGUGAGAAAGCAGCGGUAUCUUUUCCUGGUUGGGGUCGUUCUCGUUACUUUCAUUCUUGUGUUUUACAAAAGCUCAAUCGAAUGCAGGAAGCACGAGAUGCUGCCAGAGCUGCAUUACAACUUCCAUUAUGGACUUUGAACUAUGAUGUCUUUCAAGUUGGUUAUGUUGCUGGUUUUCAGUCACCCGAAUCUUCUUUUCCACAAAUCUAUCGCAAGUUGGCUAAUGACAAAAGAUAUAAAGAUAUUGAAAAUGGCAAACCAAAGGAACAAGUAGCUUUAGAUAGAGCAGCAUUUCUUUUAGAUGUUACUUUUUUAGAAAAUAAUUCUUAUCAAGAUAUCAAAGACUCGUUGGCUCAGUUGUAUGAAGAAGCUCAUUUACCAGAUGUGGCUCGUUUUGUUGCUUUAUAAGGGAAUGAAAAUCAUAUUCGAUGAUAAUAAACUUUUGAGAUUUUAUGCAACGCAUUCUAUUUGCCUGUCGUGAAGUACACGUUUAUCGUGUUCCACAGUCACAACUCAUU